AUGAAACGGUGCGCUAUGAUCCAAUUCAAUCUUUUCGUAGUCACUCGUGCCAGCCAGGCUGCGCUGCUACCCGUGGUCUUAAUUGUGUCCUCCAUUAACGAGGCCCGCCCAUCCCCAAUUGUUAAGAUCAGCUUGGAUGACACUGCCCUGCUCACUGAGGGUGAGAAGUCAAUCAUCCAGUUUCAAGCAGGCGACAAGACUGUUACUGGCACUAUUCCUUUCAUCCAGGAGCUGUGUGCGCAGUUCCCUUUCCUUGUGGGCAAUAAUGCUAGAGUGGAGAAUGAAUGGAUCUCUCGAUUGGAUUCAUUUGACACCUUGGACUUCAAGGCCCUCGACCCGAUCCUCCAGCGUCUCGAUACCCACCUGCUCUUCCGAUCCUUCCUAUCGGGUUAUUCUCUUUCAACACCGAACAUUGCACUAUGGGGUGCCCUUCGCGGAAACCGUGUCACUGCCGCCACUCUCAAGAGGGCGGCUGUUGAAUCUUUGAAUGCUGCUUCUCGCGAGAGGAAGCUUGCUAAAUCCAGAGAGGGUGCCAGCUACGAUGUUACCUUGAAGAAUACUGAGAAUAGCGUCGUUACCAGUUUCCCGCCAGAGCCUUCUGGAUACCUUCAUAUCGAACAUGCUAAAGCCGCUCCGCUCUUUUGGUUUAACGAUUACUUUGCCCAGGCUUACUCAAUCUCUAGAUUUGACGACACCAACCCAUCGAAGGAGAAGCAGGAGUUCCAAGAUGUCAUUUUGGAGGAUCUUGCAUUGAUGGAUCCGUCCCCUUUACGUUUCAAAUAUCGAAACUAUGCCAGCGACUACUUUGAUCAACUCAACGACUAUUGUCUUCAGAUUAUUAAAUCUGGAAAGGCUUAUGCCGAUGACACUGACAAGGAGACCAUAAAUCAUCAGCGGCGGGAUGGCAUCCCUAGCCAGCGUCGUGACCUCUCUCCCCAGGAGUCCUUGGCUCAUUUAGAGGAGAUGAAGAUGGGCACUCCCGAGGGCCUACGAUGGUGCAUCCGUGCUAAGAUCUCCGUCGAUGACGAUAACAAGUGCCUCCGCGACCCUGUGAUUUACCGAUGCAAUCCAUCUCCACAUCACCCUACAGGUAACGCCUGGGCUAUCUAUCCUACGUAUGACUUUGCUUGUCCUAUUCUGGAUUCGAUGGAGGGCGUUGCCCAUGCUCUUAGAACCAGUGACAGAGACCGCAGCCCGCAGUACCAGUGGAUGCUCGAUACUCUGAACCUCCGUACUGUGCAGGUUUGGGACUUUUCUCGCAUGAACUUCAUCCGUACCCUAUUGUCUAAGCGUAAGCUGACCACACUCGUGGAAAGAGGCGUUGUAUGGGGGUGGGAUGACCCUCGUUUCCCCACUAUUCGUGGUAUGCGCCGUCGUGGUAUGACGAUCCCAGCACUUCGCGAAUUUAUUCUCAAGCAGGGUCCGUCUAAGAAUGCGACCCUAUUUUACUGGGACUUGAUUUGGGCCACUAACAAGAAGUACAUCGACCCGAUUUCCCCUCGCUAUACGGCCAUUGAAACCAAGGCCAUUGCUAAGGCGACUGUCACUGGUGGUCCCGCUAACUCAUACACGAAGACGCGGCCAAAGCAUGUCAAAAAUACCUCUCUCGGCGAUAAAGUUGUUCCUUUCUCCUCUUCUAUUGUUCUAGAGCAAGUUGACGCCAAAUCUUUCAACCAGGACGAGGAGAUCACGCUGAUGAACUGGGGUAAUGCAAUUGUGCGCAAAAUCUCCACCGAUGGUUCCACCGGCAAAGUGAUGCAUCUAGAACUAGAGCUGCAUAUGGCCGGCGACGUGAAGAAAACCGAGAAGGAGGUGACCUGGCUAUCCACGGGGGCCAAAAUCUGGUCCCCGUCGAACACUCUCGAGGAGUUUCUCAACUUCAACACAGAGUUCCGUGUGAGUGGACUGGCCGAUUGCAAUGUCUCCGAGGUCAAUGCUGGCGAUAUCCUGCAGUUCGAUCGCAAGGGCUUCUACCGUGUGGAUCGGGCUCCUGCUCCUGGUGUCCCGGGUGUCUUCUUCAAUAUCCCCACCGGAAAGCAGAAGUAG